CCGUGCGUCGAUGUCUGGCGCACAUUCUCGCACGAAGAAUACCGUGAGAUGUGUGUUGUCGACGAUGCCGCGUGCACGUCACAUCACUCAAGCACCCCGUUGAACGAUCGAGAUCGACACGUUACCGCACGCACUGCAUAUGCGACUCCACUCGUAUCCGUUGGGCGAACUCGAACGACGCGAAGCGAGUCGCGAGUAGCGCUGAGAGACGAACGCGAAUCGACACGCGCGCGGACGACCAGAGAAAGAAAGAGAGAGAGAGAAAGAGAGGACGAACGCGUCCGUGUCACGCGAGCCGACGACGAAGGCGUGCGUGUUAAAUAUAGGAUGGAGUUCUACUGCUUACAAGAUCCAUGAGCGCCCCACGGGAUGCACGCAGAUCCUGCGUACGAAUGCUGCUCCUACCAUGCCGGGCAUGAACUUUUCGCCGUGAUCUUAGCGACGGCCCUUCGCGCGCGUCUUCGGCUAACUUCACGUCGAUCAGCCUGAGCGUCCGAGACAAAGAUAGGUGGAGAGAAAGAGAGAAGGACAGAGAUAGGUGAAGAGAGAGAAAGAGAGAGAGAGAGAGAGAAAGAGGACCCAUAGGCCUCGCGUUUUACGACAAAACUUUCGCGAUGAAAUAUUAUGACAGCACUUGGUGCGCUUGUUUAUUCAUAAUUGUUGGAAUAAGUACGCUCAGCUGCACAUUGCUUCAACGUCUCGCUUGGGAUCUCAUUCUAUUUUCGUGUUACGGUGGGAUACCUCGUCACGGGGUAUUACGUACUCGUUGUGCUUAUUACUCACGUUUCGUCGAAUUGGCACGAUGCAUAAUUAUAUUCAAGAGAAAUAUGCGUUGCAGAUAAUAUUAUUAAAAGUUAAUGACAAGAUUUAUAUGUUCCUUCCAAAAAGAUAAUUAAAAUUUAUUAAUUUCAUCAAGUGUCUUUAAUGUGACUGAACACAUUAUUUUCCAACAAGUUUGUUCAAUUUUACUUCCAACGAGUAUCAAAUUUAUUAAAUUAAAUGUUUAUAUUCUCAAAUACUCGUGGAUAUACCUUCGAGAUGAUUUUAUUUCGGGAUAGUAGUCACGCCCUUAUCAAUGAGAAAGAGAGAGAUGAUUAGUCUGUCAUUCGUUUAAUGUUUAACAUGCUAAUGUUUUCUCGCCUUCCAAUUGUCGCUUCUAAUUAAACGUAUCAUUGACACGCGACACAUGUCACGUGAAUUAUCACACAGUUCGACGACGAGCAUUUUUGUCCUUUUGUUUCCGCGUCGAAGCGCGGCCAUAUUUUACAUUGCACACAUACCACGAAGGGGCAUUUGUAAUUACGCAACACGCAUGCACGUGUGCACUCAUAGGAUCGAAGCAUUGUUGCAUGUAGCUUAUUAUUUCCGAAAAUUCGAUACUCGUUUCGUCCGCCGUCAGUUUCAAUAGUCGGCGCGAGAGCGCGCGCUGUCGAUAGUCGAUGCGCCGUAAAUGUGAACUUGCACGAAUGGAUGGCGUCGUCUAGGGACAAUUCGGACGAAGUCGACGCAAUUUACCGCCCGGCAAUUUGAAAUGGGAAUCUCGAAGCUGAUGAUUUGACAUUUUGAUACAACUUCCGCGAGCUCGGUUCACGACCCGCGAACACCGAAUGAUGCAUCUCGCGUCGAGUUUUAUCGUUACGAGUCGAUACCGUAAUAUUAUUCAUACACUGAUAGUGUCAAAGUCUACUCUCAUGGAGAUCAUACCUAUCUCGUCCCGUGCUUUUAAAUAGAAUAAUCGUAAAUUGCUUUUGAAAAUAACAUUGUAGAAUAAAUUUCACCGUUCAUUGUUAAACAACAGCAAUGUAAUCAUUCCAGACAGAACCAGAAAGAAUGUGUUGUGCAUGACAGAGUAUGGAAUAUCUGCACUUUUUACAAUACGCUAUGCAAAUAAAUUGUUUGGUCUGUCUCGACAAGUAAAGAAUAUUAUAUUUAAUCCGGUGGGAAACCUUCACGUGAGAGAAAAGUUCAUUCGACAAGUGAGAACGCUAUUUGAUGCGAACGCUCACUCAUCGGGACAAUAUACUUGUCAGAGGAAUGCUCGUUCACGUAUCGAAUCGCGCCGUUUUGUCACUUUUCGUUCGCGAUAUGACACGCCGUGUGGCGUCGCGUCGUGGCGCGCAGCGGCGCGACCGCCGUUCGCCCGCCUAGAGAAUUUUUCUGUCCGACGACUGGCAACCUGGAUAUCGAUUGUCAUUAUUUAUAUCGUGUUGUUGAAGGGAGUCGAGUGUGUGAAGAGAAUGACGGAUAGCCAGCAGCAGUUUUGCUUGCGGUGGAAUAACUUUCAGGCGAACAUCACGAGCCAGUUCGAGGCGCUGCGAGAUGACGAGGACUUCGUCGACGUUACCUUCGCGUGCGACGGCAGGCGGCUCCAGGCGCACAAGGUCGUCCUUUCAGCGUGCAGCCCUUACUUCAAGGAGUUGUUCAAGACAAAUCCUUGCAAACAUCCGAUAAUUUUUAUGCGGGAUGUAGAGUUCGAGCAUCUACAAUCGCUAUUGGAAUUUAUGUACGCCGGAGAGGUAAAUAUCUCGCAAGCCGAAUUACCUACAUUUCUACGCACUGCUGAAUCUCUUCAAAUUCGUGGCCUCACUGACUCUCAAAAUAAUCAGCACAACAACGAAAAGCAUUUGAAGACAAACAACAUCCACGCAUCGAAUGGCCGUGGUCUGAUCUCGCCAAGCUUUGACGACGAACGUAGUAAAACUCCACCACCUUCGAGCCCUCCACCACUGAAAAGGCUGUGUAAAAGAAGUGAUUCACCUCCAAUUUCUAGUCCAGCACCCACUGUGCCGCCUUGUGCUACGAAUACACCUCGCUCGCGCCCACUUAUCGAGCCUCAAGUUCAGCUCGAUUGUUAUAAAGAUCUCGAUGUUGUUGAGCCAAAAAUAGAAUUACCCGAAUAUGGCAGUGAUGAUGAUUGCUCACCUAAACAGGAAGUUAAUACAUUGCCCAGUGGAUUUCUCAGCCUGGAUGGUGGUAUGGAAGUGUUGCCAUCUUACCCACCAUCUUAUCAAGGAAGCAACGUGGAAGGAGGAAUGCCAGGUCCAUCGCAUGGGAGUACAGAGUUGAAUCAGGAGCAGCAAGCGCGAAGAGUACGUCGUGGUAGACCGCGACUCGGAACCAGGGGUGGCAAACACCUGUCGCCGUCCGUUCACAGAAAUUCACCCUCCAGGAGCGAUUGGCUGCCUUUGGACAUGAGAACGACCCCACCUGCCGCGAUGCCCGCUUUCCGCGGAUUCGAGGAGUCUUCAUCGGAUGGUGUGGUCCAUCUCGGUGAAGGCAUAGCCGUCUGCGAGGAACAAUUAAGGGCCGUCAAGUGGAGCGACUAUCGCAAGUUGACACGUGGAUUAGCGGCGAUACUGUUCAGUCCGACGGAGCUGGCCACAUGCUCUGUUACUGGUCAACGUUGGAGCCGCGCCGGCACAGCUACCGAACGUCCCGUCAAACCUGCCCUUGACAGGGCUAAAGUUCAAGCUAUUAUAUCUUACGUGACGUCGAGGUUUCCGCAAGUGGACGUCAGCAGCGUGAAGCAAGUGUUGGCGUACAAAUGCAAAGAGAAUUCCACCGCCCUCAAGAUGAAAUCUAUACGAUACAUAUGUGAUAGACAAGACACGGAUACGUCACCGCGGGCUGAGCCCGAGGACAAGUGAGAGGGGGCACAGGGUGCGUGCAGGGUGCAGCCCGCCUCUCAGUUUCGUCGCGUCCUCCCGCACCCUCCAUCCGACACGGUCCGCUCCCCGCAACGCUCCCAGAGCCAGCAAGACCACGGCGACCGUCGUAAUAAUAAUAGUAGCAAACAGUACGCCGACCAGCCGCGUCGCAAUCACGCGGAAGAGCACGCGGACGUGGCGUCUACCGCGUCAUCCACGCACGCGGGUCUCGAAGGGCUGGUGCCCCUGCACAUGCUCCACGGCGCGUUUCAUUCCACCCUACGAACGGCGACGGCCUCCUACAUUUAAUUUAGCCGGGCCGCAUCGACCGUGAAGACCCGAUCCCGCAAGGGCGGCGGGACGGCGGAAUCAGGUCUGACGAAAAGAGAGCCAGUCGUUUCGGGUUAGACUGCCGCGAUUACCGUAGGAUACCUAGAACGACUCGACUGUUCGUCUACUUCCCUCUCGCCGUGAAAAAAAAAGAGAGAAAAGAGAUCCGUGGAGAUUUUAAUCGCAAGUGGAGCCGGCUCCUCUUUCUCGCCGGACUUUCCAUGAAGAAAUCUUUCAUGCUGACGUUCUCAACAAACGGUUCGCGAAGCACAAGCACGGUAGAUGAGAUUCGCUGAGUGGUCACCACGUAGGACGAGGUAUGAUCGCGAUGAGCGGUAGACGCGUGCGAACGCGUUUCGAAAGUGAGAAAAAAAAUAAUGCGGGAAGAGCGAGAAUACGCGCGAUUACACGCCCGGGUAAAAAUCAUGCACCGCGACGAAGGUAGCCGCGUUGGAUGGAAUCUUAGAGCGUCGUACUUCCAAUAUACGCUGUCAUUUUUGGAAGCUGCUCUCCGGUUGCUUCCGCGUAGUGAUUAAAAAAUUAUACAUAUACAAAUAUAUUAUAAAUCGCGACCGUGACAGCUCCGGGAAAAGAUUCGUGCACUUUUAGUACGGUCGAAAAAACGUCGUCAACAUCGGAUUAUUACAUGCAACAUGUAACGGCCGAACCGUUACAAGCACUCGAGGUAACAAAAUACGAUAAAGGAUUACUACGAGGAUUAAUACAUGGCUGCGUUCUUGCCUCUUGAAGAAACCGUCCCUUCGUGCGCUCGCGUCCCCUUUCGUCGAUAGGUAAGUCGUGCAUUUUUCUUUUGCCCGCGCAAUAAACAAAAUGAUGGAUCUGUCACGCGUCGCAUACGCAAGGGCGUACAGAGACUUGUGACAGACACGAGACAACGAGAACGAAGACGUGUUGUCCCACGAAGGGACGGUUCUGUGCAAGAUCGCGCGCAUUAGGAGGAUUUAUUUGGUUUUGGCUGUGAGCUACGACCACAUGCGAAGGGGGAGACCCGUGUGGCUAUAAUGAAAGAGAACGCACCUCUAUGGAGGGCGCGUGAUAAAUAGUGAGAAGGCAAUAUUAUAACAAAAAAAAGAAAAAGGAGAAGUAACGUUAUUAUAAAAAAUAGCGAGGUCGGACGGACCAGUCCGAUCCUACCGGGAUACAAGGGUAGACUUUCACAUAGAAUACGCCUAAUAUAAAAAAGUAUAAUAUAUAUAAAUAAAAAAUAUAAUAUAAAUAUAUAUAUUACUAUAUAUUGAGAACAUUAACGAAAUAGAUGAAGUUAUAUAUAUAUAUAUUAUUUGUUGGGAGAGCAUAUUACAUAUAUAUAUAUAUAUUACGCAUAUUUAAUAUAUUUAGGAUAUUUAUUUGUUGAUUUGGUGAUAUAUAUAUAUAAUAUAUGAUUUUUAUAAAGGCUCGCGCGCGCGGCAUGGAGAGGCCGGCCUAGAAAGCGUUUCAAAAAAAGAAAAAAACAAAAGAAAAAAGAAAAAGAAUUCAUAGCGAAGGAUGGACAUGAGUGCAUGCAGAUUUUAACGACGAUAUAUGUAUGUAACGUGAAGUGUUAAAAGUGUUCUCGCACGAUCGCGUCUUUCGUCGAUCUGAUCGUCACAGGUUAGCGUGACGUUACCUCCGCGACGUGCCGAAGCAGUUCGAUAACAAGUGUGAUCGUGCAAAACCGUCUUCUACGGCAUAGAGGUUUUAUCGAUUCUUUCGUCUGACGGAACAAUCUGUUCUUUGUUGAUUACAAGAUCGGUCGACCGAUUAAGCCCGGUUCAGAUUACCUGCGAGACUCUUAACGUCGUCUUAACAACGAAAGCGAUAGAACGUAUUCUUACGACUAUGUGAUAAGCAAUAGCGACGCGAGAAAGAGUUAAUUGUCGAUUUUAACGUCACUGCUGCACCACGAUCCAAUCCUCUCGAUUGAGGAGAGAUGAGGUCAACAUUUUAUCAGAGGAAGUAAUGAGGAGCACACUACGUGAUCGCGCGACUUCAUAUUGUCCGAUAACGACAACUAAUUGAACAGCCUAAAAUAAGAGCAGUUAUUGCUCUUAAUAUAAGAACAGUGUAUCGUUGGCCUAACGUCAUUCGUAUAAUUUAAGUAGUAAUUCAAUUAGUAACGUUAAUUUUUUUUUUCUUUUCUUUUAUCGUCAAGUCCAUUGAUACAAUUAUGUUAUUUUCGUGGUUCAUUUUGGUUUUCACAUUAAUUACACGCGGAUCAGCAGAGCCUGGGGGAUCCUUUUAUUUCCGUUAAAUUUAUCAUGUAUUUUAUUCAUAUAUUUUAUUUAACGUAAAUGUAUAAUGGAGGUAUCCUGUCCAAAAGAGAAGCAGACGGAGGACACUGAAUCGGUCUUAAUUGCGAUACUCAUUGCAGUUUCUUGCAGAAACACGCUCGAAGUGACGAUGCGUGUGUAUAUAUUAGACGUAUUCAUGCAUACACAUCGCGCGCAUUCACACAAUCAUAGGUGCACUCAGUCUCGCUCAAUAAGCUCCCAUAUUUACGGACUUGCACGCAGACAAGAGAUUAUAACGAAAUGGAAAAUUAUUUUUAUUUAUGUAGAUCGUGGUACCCUAUGAGAGAGUUUGAGUUGAUUAUAGUUAGAAAGAUGUAGAGGGAUCUUUUCGCGAACCUCUGGAUCGAGAAUCUUUUGAGGGGAAUUGACAGUUGGGUCAAAAAUAAAUUUCGUUAGUUACCUUAAAGAUUUGGAAAUUUACUUAAUAGAUUAGUAGAAAACUCACUUAAAAGACGUAUUAUCGAUUGCCAUUGUCGAUUCGAUAACAGCAAUUCAAUUCAAAAUAACGUACGCAACAUCGACGCGGGGAGAGGCUUAUCUCGAUCCUUAUUACGUCGUGUUUUACUUAAUACCGUUUAAUCUAUUUUCGAUGUGAUCACCUUUCUCACGACAGUGUCGUGUUUACUUCAGCAAUUUGUAGCCGUUUUGUCGAUGAAACUUCUAUUUUCUCUUCGCGUAUCUCAUAAGCGCUACAUGCCCCUUCGCGCGACCGGUAAAAUCGCAGUUUUGUAACUAUACAUGUGCUUACACACACGCGUUAUAUACAGAAAAGAAAAAGACACGCGACGACACACAGAGGUGGUACUACAUGGCUAACCAACGUUUUGACUCUUCGAUCGUUCACAUAGUCACCCGCCCUCCACCCCAGUAGAAGUAAACGAGCUUGUAAAUAGUCUCCGAUAAUGUGUUAUUACGAUUACAAGAUAACGAUGAUAACACGGUGAGGUACACGCACCGUGAGGAGAGGUUCCUCUCGCGAGAGCGGAGCCUCUCGCAAUUACCAAGCGCCUACGACUAUUAAUACGAUUAGCGUAUCGCUCUGAACAGAGAAUGGACCUCCGUGAGUGCGAUCAGUGAGGGAUAGAAUGACGCGAGCUGUCUAUUCCGAUGGCCGCGCGAGUCCAGUUUUUUCAAGCGGAAUUAAUUUAAGCCGGCAUACGCUCUACACGAGAACGCGUAGGACCUUGGCCAAAAAAUAGCCGAGGCACCUUUGAUCAAUCGUAGGGACACCGUGCCAACGAGGCGUGCAUAAUUUCAGAGUCCACUUCUCUUUUCAGGUCACGAGGGAGUCAAUGUGUGUGCAUACUUACUUGUGUACUAAGCAUACUGUAAACAAAGCUAGUUUCCAACGAAGCAAAUUAAUGAGUCGGAAUCGUUACAACAUUUACACGUAUAGAUAGCUCGCGGAGUACGUUUUAGAAGAAAAAAAAAUACAAGGUAUCGAACGAUGGAGUUAAAUGAGCGAAAGAAAGGAGGAGAGAAAGAGAGCAAGAGUGUGUGUGCGAACGAGAGUUAUGAAAAGAGAAAUAGGAAGAGAGAGGGAGAGCAAGAGAGAGAAAGAGAGAGAGAGAGAGAGAGAGAGAGAGAGUUGACUGGACACAAGUAACAUACUCCAUGCCUUAUAAUAAUAGGUAAUACAAGUAUGCGUAAGAUGCAUAGGUAGAUCUAUUUAAUUAGCGAAUUAAUUGUAAGAUUUAGCGAGACAGAGACCGUAUUGUAUCGGCGCACCUGGCGAUGGGAACUGGAUCCUUGAGGAUCCAACGGGAAAAUGUCUUUAUUCGUCGUGUAAUAGCAUACGAAGACGCGCGUGCGGAGUUUUAGUGAGAUUAAUAAGUUUUUAGGUGAGAUCUUGAAUUCCCAACGCUACGUGCGCGUUAUUGUAGACGACAGAUGUACGCUAAUCGAGGUGUUUGGGCGAACGAAGGCGUGUGAUGACUGAAAUAAGUCAACUGCCCCGCGCAAAUCGCACCUUCUGCCUAUCUUCAAUUACAUAAUUCUGUCAUUUUUAUUUGCGACAUUCUUGAAAUUCCAGCAAAUAUUCGAUGACGUUAAGGAGGAAAUGUAAAAGAACUUGGUGUAAAAUCGAAGAAAUGCUUAAAACAUCGCGGAUUAAAAUGGCGUUUGAGCAACUGUUUGUCUCAUCGUGCGCCUUCGUUCACUUUUAAUUGUAGCGAGUAGGUAGCAUCCCUAAUCGUAGUAGGGAAAGUGAUGCCGCUAAGUCGAACGAUGCUGCGUGAUUUGGUGUAGUUUCGAGUCGCUUUACUACGGGUCAAUGAAGUGAAUGUCGAGGAAUAGACACGUCAAAUGCGCGAUUUGUUGCUUAUUAUAUAUGUGUUCCGGAUCAGUUUUGCGCUCCCAAUUUUACACAGAGAAAAUAUUGUAAUAGAAGUAUCACCUUAAAUUUGUAUUUUUUUUAGAAUGUCCUUUGUAAAGCUGCACUAUACUAAAAUUGUAUAGUAUAAAUUAUUAUAGAAACAUAGUAUAGAAACACAGUAAAUUUCACCAUCUACCUAUGACACAAUAUAAAAAAUAUUCAAAUAAUUACAACAAUUUUGUAGUAAAAAAUGAAACGUGAAUAACAUUUUUAAAUAAAUAUACAGGGUGAGUCGCCUAACGUCAGAUCCUAAAAUAUCUCUAUUGCUUUUUAUAUUAGGAGAAAGUGUGUAAAAAAUAAAUUGUGUGAUUGGAAGGGAUAAAUAUUGUGCCAACCUUUUCGACCGCACAUUUAUUUCUUAUGAUUUGUCCUCCGAUAUAAGAAAACAACAGAACAUAUUUCAGAAUGUAAUGUUAGAUGAAUCAAUCUGUAUAUUUGUUUAAAGUCAAGUAUUUUAAUGCUAGAUACGUUUGACUUUUUACUAUUUUUAUUUGUGUAGUAAUUUCUGCCUCGUCUGGGAUUGCAAAAGUUUUUUUCGCUACAAUAUCUUCUCUGUGUGCCCUCGAUAUUCCAAAUAAUGUCAGUCGGUCGUUCGCACCUGGACCGCGUAAGGUAUUUUCGCGAUGGUUAAACGGUUAAAUUGACAGGUGGUACAAUUUUUUUCCGAUCGAAAGGUUAAGCUUUCACGAUGUUCUCGUCGAAUCGGACAUCGACUGCGCCAUAUGUGCGCUACUGAUUACCGUGCAAUGUCUUCGGAUUUUAUAUAUAUCGGUUGUGUCGCGGUUGAAUGAGCGAUUCAGCGGUGGAUUCGGUCAAUAAUUGUCGGGUGUCUCCCGUGCACACGCGCCGAUAUCAGUUACAAGCAUUAUGUCCAAAGAUAAUAGCAACUCUUACGGUUACCGUGUAACAGAAUACACAUAGAGCGCUUUAUCCCGCAAGCAACGCGUAGUACCUUAGAAACUGUGAGAACGACGACAUACGGGGAGAGACUGCGGUCGUUAAUAUUUAUUUAGAUACGCGAAUUACGAUAGCUGAGUAAGUCAUCGCGGAAAUGGAUGUUUGUCCCUCUCUUUUUUCCCCUCUUCUUUUUAUAGGACCUUACAAGCGCGCGUUUCACUUUCUAGAUGAUUACACGUCUUACUUAUGGAGUGUAGGAGAGCUGGUGGCCGACUUUGCGCGCGCGUUAACGUUGGAUUCACCGGAAAUACGAAAUUCUCACGUUUGGACUAGUUACAUUUUAUUUACCGUUAUUUUUACCAUUUCUCUAUGCACUAUUAACGAGCACGAAAGAGUGACGGCGACGUCUCGCGAUCGCGACGGUGUUAGAUUGCGAUUCCUCGCAAAGUGAACUUCUGACACUGUUUAGAGUUGAAGUAACUCCCCUCUCCGCCACCUCCUAAGAUUAUUUCAUACUCAUAGCAUCGGCGAACGAGUUUCUCUCUGAGGGAGAAGCUCCUCGGGGAACUGCGACAGUCGUAAAUGCAAUUGUCAUCGGGAAAUGUCGUUCGAAGAAUCAGACAACCUACGAAUCGAGAGAUUCUGCGGGAUUAGAACGGUUCCCGGGGAGACCUCGAAAUGGAAACUCUCCCGUUCGUCGGGAGAAGUAGCGUCACGUGGUGAUAUUUCUUAACAGCUUAUAAAUAUUCGUCUUGUUCGUCAGUCGUGUUCUGCGUCUUACGUUGCAAUGGAAAUCUCUACAGGCGGAAAUGACGAAAAUUGUCACGCACGUGUGGCAACUUCUUUGCACAUUGCAAUCGCUCCAAUUUGACGUUUCGCCGCGGCAUUCGUAAGGAGACAAAUAUCAGAGACCUUCUAUAAUAAGUAAGCAGUAAGAUAUAAGCAAUAAGAAAGUUGACCAAUCAUCAUUGAUUAAACUAUCAAAUAAUCCACUAUGACUGGUGAAUUUACUUAUUGUUUACAUCUUAUUGUCUACUGUAGAAGAUUUGUCAGCGUGAGGCGCCGAUCGUCCGAUUCUGUCCGGUAUGUUUCGAUCUUUUCACUUUAACGAACAGUGUCGCUACGUGCGUUCGGUUUUCUACGCUUUCUUUCUUUUUUUUUUUUUUUCAGGGAUUACUUUGGUUAGAUAGACGGUGAAAGGUGAAUGCAACUUAGAUGCACUAUAAUCCUUAGAGUAAUAGCAGAUUCUGCGAUGAGGAGUAUUCCGCUGGACGGCUCGUGAAACGCGUUUACGCAAUAAUAGAUUAAUAAGUAGGAGAGCGCAGGAAUGUUCACACACACACACGUAUAUAUAUAUACACACACAUACACACAAACACCCACGCGUGAGCGCGUCUCUCGAUGAUACGCGUCCCGACGAGACGAUGGUCGAGAGGCAUCGUGAUCCACGUGACGCGAAGCUUUCCUUAAAACCGACGGCAAUAUCGUCGAGGGUAUCCUCUUCGGAGAUCGAGCUCGGUUAGGACGCGCGAUCGAUCUCCGAACAAUGAUCCUGCGAUUGUGAUACGGCUGUAAUAAUCGUCAGAUCGUCUUAAUACGUUAGCGCGGCUUACUAUUCUGAUUUGUUGUGUCAUUUCGAACAUCUGUGUUAUUUUUAAUAAAUCCAUGGAUUAUUUUGUU